AUGUUGUUCUCAAAUGGUCUUGCUCAAUUUAACCAUUUGGAGAGUCUGAUCACCAAGCACGGCUACCCCACACCUGUCUCGCUAUCGUCCCUGCGAGAUCUGACAGCCACCUCGUCUACUUAUACUCCUCCAUCGCCUCGUCGGCGUCACUCGGAUAUACCGAUCGACGCCUUUGACUCGCUUACAUUAUCAUCAUCCACUCGACCCAUUCCAAUUCCCAAAAGGCCCAUUUACGAAGAAGACCUGCCAGUCACACCGCUGACCGGUCGGUUUGAUCACCACACCUACUUCGACGAUUGGGAACGCGCGUCUCAAUCCGCCCAAUCCCGCCUCCAUCCAAGGCCAUCCCACCGCCGGUACCAACCCCGAUAUCAAUCCCGGUACUCAACAAUGCGCUCCGAUACAUCACCCUACUGCUCCCCAGUCUCAUCACCCAUCAUGUCUCCCCGCCGCUCCAACUCCCCACAGCCCUCCCGCCGCAGCACCCAACCCCAAGCAAAGUCCAAGCCCACCCAAAGCUUCCACCUAGGCAGCCUGCCCAGAUUCCACCCCGCCGUCUACGGCUCAAACAACACCUCCCACUCAGCCGCUCAGCCCCCCUCCCCCCGUCAAUCACGACAGCCCACCUACCGCGCCGCGGCCGGCUCACGCGACAUGAUGUGGCAAUACCGCGAGCUGGUCGAGGGAACCCACGCCAGCCCCUCGGCGCCCCGGCUAGACCCUCUCGUCAGCCCUGGCGGCCCGGUCACGCCCCUCGCACUCGAGGCAGGUGAUUACCUCGCGCAUGGCUCGGUCAGCAAUGCGUCCGAGCGCACGCCGCGGGAUGUCUCCAAGCAGCACGCCGGCCCGUCGCCGGAAUUGGUUGAGAAACUUAUUGCGUAUGAGGAAAAGGCCAGGCAAAUAGCGCGCAAGUCUACCAAGGGCCGGUGA